CGUGGCUAUUCAAACGUGACAAAAGUAAAAGAGAAGGGCGGGCUAAGUUGGACUACUCUUGAAACAGCUCUGAGGGAUGAGCUACUUUGCCAAACAGGAAUAUAGCUGACGAAAAAUCAGACGUUACCACGGAUACCACUGAAUGUUUACAGCACCAGCCCACAUUUUGCUAGCAGACAUGCGGCCAGGUAGCUGGACAA